UGGUUUGGCUUUCUUUUUGGAAUUGACUGCUAGGUUGACUGAGUAUAUUUAUUGCCCGUGGCUUUUUCCAACACUUUGGAAAGGGGGCUACUUGUCGACUAGAACCAUCGAGAGCGGUAAUAGGGGCUUCACUUUGAAACUAUCAAACCUGUGAGGUCUGGGAUGAGACGUUGAAGCUGGAACUGGCUAGACUCUUUUUUCAAAAGCUGGUGGAAAGUUGCCGAGUUUGUUGAGACCGUUGGGGUUGUAGAUUGUCCGAUGUGACUUUUGAAAUCAUGAUGCUCAACAUAUGAGAUGUGAUGCCUGGGGGUUCGGUCGAGGUGGCAGAUAGGAGUUGGAAGGAUGGGAGGGGUGGUGCGGAAAGGCAAGAGGAGGGCCGGUGAUACCCGAGAGUAGGUGAGUACCCUGCUUGCUGUGUUUUGGACUUGGACGUCGUCAAAGGCUGCAGGACUUGAACAAGGCAAAAGAUUCUAAAGACAUAUGGCCAGAGAGUUCAAAAAAAAUUUAAGAGUGGGAAUCGAGACGUGCUGGACGGUCCAGUGUGUAACACUUCAGCACCCCCUUUUCAGCCUCUACCGAUCAUCGUUUCUCACCGGCUCGGAAGCCACGAGAAUGCGGUGUAUUUCUCGGGGUAUUCCCCUCGGAUGUUGAAAAUCGCUGUUAAUCGAAACAGCCUUCCGUCUUUUUACCAAGUUUACCACAAGUCAUGUAUGUGUCUGCAUGCUUCAAAAGGUUACCGACUGCCCAUCUAGUGUACCCCAAGAUAUGCGUAGGAUGUACCCCGUGAUACAGCAAAAAGCAUCAUCAAUUUUGCGGGGAAAGAGCCUGGGGCCUUUUGACAGGUCCGCCUGCGCAAGUCCCCAGAUAUGUUGAGCAACCUGUUCGUGCGGAUCUCAAGUAUUACAAUUUGGUAAGACCGGCCCUGCUGAUUCGACGAGCGUUAUACCGGUCGAUUUUGUUUGUGCGUGAGUAAGCAAUAAGAGACAUGAUCAAGCAGCUAGAAAACCACAGCUUACCCCCCGGGAGCAAAGCAAACAAGCAGGCGGUGUCAUCCACGGGCAAAGGCCGAGCCAACGACUCAAGGCCGUACAGGAGGCUAAGCCUGCGUUAUGUUGCUGCUGCAUGGACGGCCCCCUCUCCCCCACACGUACAAAACGUCGAGCCGGGUGUAGAUGCGGACGAUCUUGGGCUUAGCACCGAUGCCUGCACAUCAGACCAAGGUCACGAGACAAGGGAAUCAUCCUCUUUUCCAGGCCUGUCCACCGGGUAG